AUGGGAUGGAUCAUAGGAUUAUGUUCUUUUAUGAGUAUUUUCUUAGUAUCUUGGUGGUUUUUAUGUGUAAAGAAGAAAGAGAAUAAAGUGAUGAUGAAGAAUAUGAAGAAGAAAGGAAAAGUUCCAAAAGGAAACAAAGGUUGGCCUUUACUUGGAGAGACUCUUGAUUUCAUUGCUUGUGGAUACACCUCUAAUCCUCUUAGCUUCAUGGAAAAACGCAAGUCAUUGUAUGGUAAUGUGUUUAAGACAAGCAUAUUAGGAAGUGGUGUGAUUGUGUCGACAGAUCCAGAGAUAAACAAAGUGAUUCUACAAAAUCAAGGCAACAUUUUCAUCCCUGCUUAUCCAAAAUCGAUCAGAGAAUUAAUGGGAGAAAACUCUAUACUUCAAAUGAAUGGGAACAUGCAUAGGAAACUUCAUUCACUCCUUGGAGGUUUCCUUCGUUCUCCACAAUUCAAAGCUCGAAUCACAAAAGAUAUUCAGCAAUCUGUUGAACAAUGUUUAGCUACUUGGACUCAUCACCAACCAGUAUACGUUCAAGAUCAAGUUAAAAAGAUUACAUUUACUAUUUUGGUGAAAGUUCUAAUGAGCAUUGACCCGGGUGAAGAUUUAUCUACAUUGAAGAGAGAAUUUGAAGAGUUCAUCAAAGGAUUAAUUUGCUUGCCCAUUAAGUUUCCAGGAACAAGACUAUAUAAAUCCUUAAAGGCUAAGGAGAAAAUGAUGAAGAUAGUGCAAAGGAUAAUAGAGGAAAGGAAUGAUAAUAAUAAUAAUAAUUAUAAUAAGAAGAAGAAGAUGAAGGAUUGUGUGGCAAAUGAUGUAGUGGAUAUACUUUUAGAGGAUAAUAAAAGUGAGUUGAGAAAAAAGAGUGAGAAUAUAAUUGAGAUGAUGAUUCCUGGUGAAGAGACUCUUCCUACAGCUAUGACCAUGGCUGUUAAGUAUCUUAGUGACUCUCCUCUUGCUCUAUCCAAAUUAGUGGAAGAGAACAUGGAAUUGAAGAGGAACAAGAAUUGUUCCGACGAUUAUGCAUGGAGUGAUUACUUGUCAAUGCAAUUUACUCAAAAUGUAAUCAACGAAACUCUUAGAAUGUCAAAUAUUGUCAAUGCCAUUUGGAGAAAAUCUAUCAAAGAUGUAGAUAUUAAAGGAUACUUAAUUCCUAAGGAUUGGUGUGUUGUGGCAUCUCUUACAUCUGUUCAUUUAGAUGGCAUCAACUAUGAAAAGCCUUUUGAAUUUGAUCCAUGGAGAUGGGAGAAAAUUGAAGGUGGGACUAGAAACAACUGUUUUACACCAUUUGGUGGUGGACAAAGAUUAUGUCCAGGGAUAGAACUCUCUAGGCUAGAGCUCUCUAUUUUCCUUCAUCAUCUAGUUACAACUUACAGAUGGGUUGCUGAGAAGGAUGAAAUUAUUUACUUUCCAACUGUAAAGAUGAAAAGGAAACUCCCAAUUAGUGUGACACCAUUAACACUUGAUUGA